AUGCUUCCGAACAUUGAUUUUAGAAACGUCACUAAACUGGACUAUUGUUGCUCCAAAUGUAAUGCUACUAUAGUAGCCAGAAAUCGUUUAUGCAAGCACUGUUUUCGGGAAAUUGUUGGUAAUGCAGCGGAAACCUGGACAAGUAUGAGACCCCAUAUCGAUGAGCUCAUUGUCGAAUCACAAAGAGAUGCCGAUUAUGUCUAUCAGUUUAUUGAAUGGAUUCCAUACGAGAAUUUUACGAAUGUCGAGUUUGUAGCCCAGGGCGGGUUUUCUAGGGUCUACAAAGCUAUUUGGAAGCAAGGAUAUUGGGAAUGUUUGGCAGACCCCGAUGAUACUACAAGAUAUUUCGAGCGUAGAGGAUCUAUGGAAGUAGCUCUAAAAGAACAGAAGCAUUCCGUUGCGGUUCAUCUAAAGUUGGAACACUGUCUUUUACGUGAAAAACAAUUAUAUGGACUUUCCGUGAAUCCCGAGACUGGUCAGAUCAUAUUGGUGAUGCGGUAUAUGUCAGGCGGUGACUUGAGACAGCUUUUGAUAAAGAAUCCUGUAGAAUUCACGUGGAGUAAAAGAAUAGAGCAGCUGUCAACUUUGAUGAGGGAUUUACAAACUAUUCAUAAAGCAGGUUUUAUCCAUAAAGAUUUUCACAGCGGAAAUGUGUUGUGGACUUUUGAUGACUGUCAGGACUAUGAAUUGUGCAUUUCUGAUUUCGGCUUGUCUGGUCCCGCCAAUAACGAAGAUGAGAAAAUUACUGGAUUUGUCCCGUAUAUGGCACCGGAACUACUCCUAGGUCGACCAAAAUCAACAGCGUCUGACACAUAUGCUUUUGGUAUAGUCAUGUGGGAAUUUUCUUCAGGAGAACCAGCCUUUUUUGAGUGUAGGGACGAUGACCUAGCAUUCUUUAAACAGAAGAUUACUCAAGAUCAUUUGAGACCUGUUCCUAUAGAAGGCACACCAGAUUGCUAUGUGAAUUUAAUGACACGUUGCUGGGCUCCUGAUCCCAAAGACAGACCAACAGCUGAAGAAGUGUUUCAUACGUUAUUAUUAUUCAUAGAGAUGAAUGACAUAACAUCACCUAAAUUUAACGAUACGGUUUUUGAGCAAUUUGAAAUGGCGGAGGAACUGAGAUUACAAAAAGGAUCUUGUGAAAGAUUUCAUCAUGAAAUAUAUACUAGUGUUAUUAUCGACGAUGACGAAUUUGUCCCGACAGUAGAACUUUGA